CUCUGCCUUGGGUGGCCCCGUGGCGGCUCAGGCCGGAGGGGGCACGUCAGGUGGUCCGUCUACAUAAACUGUCUCUCUCUUGUUUGCUCCCUCCUGCUUUCUGAGCCUUUCUCGGUCGCACAGCGGGCCACAGCAUGUUUGAGAAUCCGAGCGCGGCCCUCCCCCCCAAGCCGCCGUCCAGCCUCUCUGGGCCCCAGGUGUCCCGGUCGGAGCCCCUGGGGUCCGUGGAGCCGGGCGGGCCCGGCCUCUGGGGGGGCAGCAGCCAGCACCUGCGGAACCUGGGCAAAGCCAUGGGGGCCAAGGUGAACGACCUCCUGCGGAGGAGGGAGCCCUGGGGCCUGGGCGGCGUGGGCGCCAUGGAGGUCAACUGGACGGCUGAGGCCCAGCUGGCCGGCGCGCCCGGCGGGGCGGACGACGGGUCGGCCCUGCCAGAAGCCGUCCCUCGGCUGGACCCGCCGCCGCCCACCAGCCGGAAGCGGACGCCCCGGGCGCUGAAGACCACGCAGGACAUGCUGAUCUCCGCCCAGCCCGUGCUGAGCAGCCCGGAGUGCUCCCCGCCCCCCGCGCAGCCUGGCCCCGCGGGGACUCCGCCGCCGGAGGCCACCGCGGACGGCGCCCUGCCCAACGGCGAGGCGUCCCUGUCGGUGCCGGACCUGAUCCACCCGGAGGGCUCAGGCGAGCCCCGGCUGAAGGGCGCCCCCUGCAGGAGGGCCUCCCCGCCCGGCCCCGCCGAAAGCAGCAGCCUCCAGCCUGGCCCUGGCCCUGGCCGCCCGGCUGAGCUGCCGCCGGACAGCAGCCCCCGCUCCGGGGCGCGGACCUGCAGCCUGGACAGCGAGGGGCCGCACCCUGACCUGCUGUCCUUUGAGUAGAGCCCCCUGUGGUCUCCUCCACCCUCACCCCAGCUCCACGUCCCCCCACCCGCUGUCCCCACAUCCCCAGCAGAGCCCCAGGCAGGUGCAGGGCUGGCCCCACAUCCUAGGAAAAGGGCGGAGCCGGCUGGCCCUCACCUCAUUCCUGCCGGCCUCUGCUGCUGGCUGAGCUGGUGGACACAGCCACUGGCCCCUGGGGAGGGACUGGGGGUGUGUCUCUGACUGUGCCACACACACCUGACCCCCAUGUCCCACUCUCCUGCCUCAGAAAGGGGGCUGGGUCAGCAGUCGGGCUGGGUCAGGACUAUGGUUUUGGCUUGAUGAUGCGCGAAGACGUGGAGACCCAGCCUCUGACCACAGCUCUGCAGGUCGCUCCUGGUCCUGUCUCAGAGGAGGAAGUCUCAUCUCAGAGGAGGAAGAUUGCAGAGCUGUCCAGGAAUUUUUAGAGAUUUUAUAUUUAUACUAGAGGCCCGGCACAUGAAUUCGUGCAUGGGUGGGGUCCCUCAGCCUGGCCGGUGAUCGGGGCUGAUAGGGGCUGUCUUGCCCAGUCCAGAUUGGGGCGGCUGGCGGGGGGGAGAGGCCACAGGAGGUUGGCUGUGGGAGUGCACUGACCACCAAGGGACAGCUCCUGUGUUGAGCAUCUGCCCCCUGGUGGUCAGUGCACAUCACAGCCACUGCCUGGUCAUCCAGUUGUCAGAUCAUAGGCUUUUAUACAGAGAGAUUUUUAGUGAUUUUUCUAGUAGAGGACGAUGAUAAUAAAAUGAUCUGUUGGUUUU